CUGUGGGUAAACCAGUUAUCAAGAGGUGCCGGAUUGUUGUGUUUACAUUAUUCUUGGCUUCAUUAGCGUUUUCAGUGUAAAUUUGGUUUCCAGGCACAAAGAAAUAUGUCUGCUAGAGGAGGAAAGAAGCGCCAAAAGGCGAUGUCUAAGUCGCAAAGAGCAAAUGUUACUUUUCCAGUAGGGCGAAUGCACCGGUACUUGAAGAUGGGGACACACCGCUUGCGUAUCGGAGUCGGCUCUCCGGUAUACAUGGCAGCCGUCAUCGAGUAUCUCACAGCUGAGGUCCUUGAGCUGGCUGGAAAUGCUGCAAGAGACAACAGGAAGGGGCGAAUCACCCCAAGGCACAUUUUGCUUGCAGUGGCUAAUGAUGAAGAGCUGCACUUGUUGCUGAAAAAUGUAACAAUAGCAUCAGGAGGAGUGCUUCCAAAGAUUCAUCCUGAGCUGUUGGCCAAAAAGAAAGGUGGCAAAUUUGUAAUGAGCAACAACAUGCCAUUGACUGUGCCAUAUAAAAAACCAAUCGCCACAAAACCUAUGUCACAUCACAAGAAACCUUCACCGGCUGCACUUGGUGCUUCAAGCGGGGUCCGUGCUAAGAAACAGCCUUUAAGUCCAACAUCUGGUAAGACGGGUAAAGGGAAAGGCAAAGGCAAAGAUUCCAGCAUUACUGUAGUCACACCAGCAAGUGCUAGUGUUACAACGUUGUCUGAAAAGAAACUCUUUCUUGGGCAAAAGCUUACAGUUGUACAGGGUGACAUAACAAAUAUUUCUUCAGAUGCUUUGGUGCAUCCUACCAAUUCUGCUAUAGCAAUGAUGGGUGAAGUUGGGCAAGCACUAGAAAAAAAAGGAGGCAAAGAAUUCAUGCAGGAAAUCCAUGAGUUGCGCUCAAACCAAGGAAGCUUGGAUUCAACAAAUGCUGCCAUUUGUGCUGGGCACAAUUUUCCUGCAAAAUGGGUAAUUCAUGUAAACGGUCCAGCAUGGAAUGAGGUGGACUCGACUGAAAAGUUGGAGAAGACUGUUAAGAACUGCCUUACAUUAGCUGAUCAGAAAAACCUGAAGUCAAUUGCAAUACCAGCAAUUGGAAGUGGCAGGGCUGGCUUUCCCAAACAGUUGGCAGCGCAGACCAUCUUGAAAGCUAUCAGCAACUACUUUGUAAAUGUGAUGUCUUCAUCAUUGAAGCAAAUCUACUUUGUUCUACUUGACAUGGAAAGCAUUGGCAUUUAUGCAGCUGAAUUAGCAAAACUUGAUUCAUAGAAGUCUUUCCUGGCAUGCUACAACAUACUUAGUGUGGUGGACACAGAGAUCCUCACAUACAGUCUUCUUGGUUAAUGGAAACCAAAAAGGUUUAAUUCUUAUUUUUACUACCUGAAGUGUUUGUAAAUGAAUGUUAAAACAUGUAUGCUGUGGACUAAAGCAGGAUGUGAAGUGGACACUUUAUAAUGAAAGUUGGUUAUUGUAGAAUUGCGUGCUUGAAGAGUGCUUGUGGAACAAAAAGGUGAGUAUUGUUAUCCUGUAUGCACAAUCUGUGGCUUCUGGUAUACUAAUUGCCUGAUUUUGGUAUCUUAUUCAUUGCCACAGUUACAGGCACUCAGGGUUAAAGAGUUUUAAAUGUUGUGAAUCAUAGGAAGUAAAAUUGAGGUGACAGGAUGUAAUGAAAUAGUGCGAAAAUAAAACCAUAUGUGUUCUCAACAUGUUGCAAAUCUGUAUGAAUGUAUUUUAUAGUAACAGGUACCAUAUAGAAUGGACACUUAUCUAAACAUUAUGUAUAAGCAAAGAUUUUAAAACAUGUGUAAAACUGCAAUUGUGUUGAAGUGCCUUACUUUUAGGUACAGGCAAUAAACACACUACAGGAUAUUAUGAAUUUUGUAUUUGUAUUUUGCAGAUUUUGUUUAGCCAGAUUUUUUGUGUUAUAGCAUUUUUAGUGGUAGCACAGUUUGCAUUGUUAUGGCAACUGUUUUUGACAAGUCAUCCAUUUGUAAAAGAAAAAAAUAAUACAUGCUAAUCAGCAUGUCAUAUAAUUCUGGACUUCUCAGUAUUCUUAUACAGAGUAAUUUCAUAAUGGCAAAAUAUGUAAAGUAUUUGUAUUCUGGGUGACAACUUUUUGAGAGUAAUUUAUUACUUCUGUUUUAUGAGAACAGAUUUUUUAAUAUAAAAGUGUACAAAAUUUUCAGAACAAUGAGGUGUUUGUUUUAUAUUUUGUCUAUAAAUGUGAAGUUCGGAUUACAAAAUUUAUCAAGAUUAAUAUAAAAAGUCAUAGUUAGCACUAUGGCUAUUGCAUAGUAUCUCGUUAUUAGGUGUAAUAAAUUUUAUUGUUUUGUUACAGUAUAAUUGAAGUUACUGCAUUUAGUUUGUGUGUUGCGCAAUUUUAGGGUAACUUGGAAGUCCUUGCAUUCCUGAAAUCAUUGAAGAGGAGACAGUUAGCUAUUCCAAACAGUUCCAUGCAUGACCACUUGAAAUCAAUUUAUGUCAUUGAUAAAUUUUACAAUCCCUAGUCUUCCAGGUUUUUAGUUUUUUCCAUCCUUAUAAUUUGAUUAAACGGGAAGAAAGGAUGAUUAAUUGCACAUGAAAGAAUGGUGAGCUACUGAAAAGAACUAUUUCUGUUAAAUUCGAAAAUUAUUUUCAGUUCAAAAUUGAAUCCUUUUAGCAAUUAACAACCACUAAUGUAUUUAUUUUUGAGUGCUCAUAGCAUAUUCCAUUCAUUUGUAGAACCUUUAUGAGACAAUUUCUUUACCCACUUUAC